ACAUAUGAGAAACCUACUGACCAAGAGUCUGCAGAUUCUAGUCUCGAGGGAUGGCUCUCAAUGCCCACCAGAAACACCAAACGGUUUGGAUGGGAAAAGAAGUAUGUGGUGGUAAGCAGCAAGAAGAUCCUGUUUUAUGACUCGGAGCAAGACAGAGAGCAGUCCAGCCCAUUCAUGAUUCUGGACUUGGACAAACUCUUCCAUGUGAGACCUGUCACUCAGACAGAUGUGUACCGCGCAGACCCCAGAGAAAUCCCACGCAUCUUCCAGAUAUUAUAUGCCAAUGAGGGAGAGAGCAAGAAAGAGGAGCUUGCAAUGGAACCCUUAUCAGCAGCUGAAAGGUCGUCAUUUAUCCCACACAAAGGUCACGAGUUCGUGCUUACGCUUUACCACUUCCCCUCUAGCUGUGAAGCAUGUCCAAGGCCUCUGUGGCACGUCUUCAAGCCCCCACCAGCCCUGGAGUGCAGGCGCUGCCGAAUCAAAUGCCAUAAAGACCACAUAGAUCGCAAAGAAGAGGUCCUAGCUCCUUGCAGAGUGAACUAUGACAUGUCCACGGCGAAAGAGCUACUGCUGCUGGCCAACUCCACAGAAGAGCAGCAGAAAUGGGUCAGCCGCUUGCUCAAAAGGGUCCCACGUAAACCUAUAGCCCGCUCCUCAAACAUAGCUAUAGCUUCUCCCCCCUCCGAGGCUGCACCAAGUGGCCUGUCCCCUCAGCCCUCUCCUCACCUGUCAGCCUGUUCAUCCCCCAGACUUUCACACAGAGGAGCCGUCAAAGUGUAUUCCACCCGACAGCAGCCCUCACCUAAGACCAGGUGAGAACCUCUCCACAGAUCCAUUUCUUACAA